AUUUUUUUCAUUUAAAAAUGUUUCAAUCUUUAGGUUUUACUUUUACCAUUUGGUCAGUGUGUUCUUGGCAAUAAAAUUACAACGGAAUCCUCAUCCACUUUUGGGUCUCCUCUUUGAGAAAUGAGAAGCAUAUAAGCUCAGACUGCGUGGGGAUCUCGCUACUUCCAACCAUUCAGAGAGGAAAGAGAUGGCCGGAGGUAACCCUGUGAAGGGCUCAUCCAACAAGCCAUCAGCUUCUUCCUCCGCUUCUCACCACCGCAAAUCUAAUCGGGAAUCCGGUCCCAAUAACACUGCAUCUGCCCCUUCCAAACCCUCUCCUUCAAAACCGCCAUCUAACUCCAAACCCUCCCCUUCUUCCAGACACAAACCAUCUCCAAAGCUCAACCCCAAUCCAAUCCCCUCGCCCCAUCCCAGACCCGAAAACUUUGCACCACCGCCUUUGCCACCGCCACCUCCGGCGUAUGGUUUUCACAUGCUCGAUCGCAGAACAAUCAUUAUCGCUGAUGGUAGUGCUCGCUCCUACUUCGCUUUGCCACCGGAUUACCAAGAUUUCCCCCCGCCGCUCCCUAGGCCCCCAAUGCGGCCUCACGGCCCGGAGCCUUGGUUAGGGUUUGAUCGACAAUUUCCACCCGGCCGACCGAUCCCCGGAGGGGAUGACCAAUAUCGUCAACAGAAUCAAGAUUAUUGGAAUUCGCUAGGACCUGAAGGCUCUCGUAAGAGGAAAUUUGGUGAUGAAAGAGAUGGGAGAGAAGUGGGUGAGGUCAACGACGAGUUCGCAAGGCAAAGACAACAGCUUUUGCAGUAUGGAAAUAUGAUUUCAAGUUCUAAUGGAUCUCAUAUGGCGGGCCCAAGUAAUCGAGUUCAGCUUGAUGAAACGAGGGCACCCAAGUAUAUGAGACCUGAAGGGGAGUAUAGGAAUUUGCAGGGUAGGCAUAAUGAGAUUGAUCCAGCAAAGUUUAAAAGUGCAUUUAUGAAUUUUAUCAGACUGAUAAACGAGAAUUCAAAUCAGAAGAAGAAAUACUUAGCAGAUGGUAAACAGGGUUCUGUUCAGUGUCUUGCAUGCGGCAGGUCCUCGAAAGAAUUCCCAGACAUGCAUAGCCUUAUCAUGCACACAUACAACCAAGAAAAAGAAGUUGCUGAGCAUUUGGGUCUUCACAAGGCUUUAUGCAUAUUGAUGAGCUGGAACCACAUGAUGCCACCUGAUAACUCCAGGUCAUAUCAGCGAUUAUCUGGCCAACAAGCUGGCGCUGACCGGGAUGAUCUCAUUAUGUGGCCACCUCAUGUCAUCAUACAGAAUACAAUUACCGGGAAGGGUAGAGAUGGACGUAUGGAGGGUUUAGGCAACAAAGCAAUGGACAUGAAGCUUAGAGAUCUUGGAUUCACAAGCGGAAAGUCAAAGGCAAUGUUUGGGAGAGAAGGGCACUUGGGGAUAACUGUGGUUAAGUUUGGUGGUGACCACUCGGGUCUAAAGGAUGCCAUGAGACUUGCAGAUUUUUUCGAGAGACAGAAACACGGGCGUGGCUCCUGGGCAUCCCUCAGAUCAGGAUCAGGUUCAGGGAGAGAUGAAGACAAAGAUCCAAAUUUUGUCAAGUUUGAUAACAAGACAGGGGAGAAAGAGAGAGUCUUGUAUGGCUAUUUAGGAACCGUGUUUGAUCUCGACAGCCUGGAUUUUGAUACUAAAAAAAAGGUCACAAUCGAGAGCAAGAGAGAAAAAGCACAGCAACCACACCCAAACCCUAACCCUACUACUUGAUAUCAUUUAUUUACCAACAACAACAACAAGUCUAGUAAGGUACACCAAACAAAGUAUGCUGUUUGGUUAUAUAUGUUUUAUUGGGUUCGAAGAUAGAAAGUAAUUAACACAUGGGGCUUUCGGUAAAAAUUGGUUAGAAGUAGAUGUUGCCUUUGGAAUCGCUUGGUUUUAUUUAUUUUCUUGGUGUUGCUGUUAGUUAUUCCAUAUAAUCAUUGCGUA